AUGUCCACCAACAGACCAUUCCUCUCCAACUUCUUGGCCGCGUUCCGCGCCCAGUCCACCUUUAAAGCCUCCCAACCAUCAACAGGCACAUCCUCUCUAUCCUCCUCAACACUCACCCAAAGCGCCCGCACAAUAGCCUCCAAAGCUGCCGGUUCCAACUCUAACCCAUCCUCCAGUUCCGCCUCAGCAAACCAAUCUACAUCUCACUCGCACUCAAGUGGGAAUUCCAUCCCACCGGGUGCAUCAGCAUCUACAUCUACAUCUCCGCCGGCUACGGCAUCUCAGCCUCAGCACCAUUCCCACCAUUACCACCACACUUCUACCGCCUACUCAGAAACAUCUCCUCCCCCGACACCGUCUUCUUCCACGCCGAUCCCGAUCAAUCGUGGACCGGCAGAUCGCCAGCGUCGCGGGAGCGAUAGUUCUAGUGGCUCGGGCGGGUUUCGGGAUGCGUUAGGGCCGGAGAAGUGGUAUAUCGGGGGCAAGACGCCUGCGGGGGAGGAACGAUUUUAUCGGUUGGGGAUGGUGACGAACGGUGGGGGGAGACUUGGGGGUGGAGGGAGAGUGGGGAGUAUUGAUCAGUUGAGUCUGUGA